AUGGCUCGUACCAAGCAGACAGCUCGCAAGUCCACCGGCGGCAAGGCACCGCGUAAGCAGUUGGCUACAAAAGCUGCCCGUAAGAGCGCGCCGGCCACGGGUGGCGUGAAGAAGCCUCACCGUUACCGGCCUGGCACCGUGGCGCUGCGCGAGAUCCGGCGAUACCAAAAGUCCACAGAGCUGCUGAUCCGUAAGCUGCCCUUCCAGCGGUUGGUGCGCGAGAUCGCUCAGGAUUUCAAGACUGAUCUGCGCUUCCAGAGCUCGGCCGUGAUGGCGCUGCAGGAGGCGUGCGAGGCCUACCUGGUCGGACUUUUUGAAGACACCAAUCUGUGUGCUAUCCACGCCAAGCGCGUUACCAUUAUGCCCAAGGAUAUCCAGCUGGCCCGUCGCAUCCGUGGGGAGCGGGUUUCAGUAUUAGUGCAGUCGAAUCUGUUCCAAUCCCUAGGGACCCAGUAUCGUGGGUUAAUAACCUACAGCGCCACACAGGAUUCCGAGACAAUGGAUGUAGCAAAGGCCCUAAGAAACAAGUUUAUUUACAGCAAGCAUGGAUUUACUAGCCAACUACAAGUCAAAGUUUCUUUGGACUGGAUUCGCUGCUGUUAUGUCCCUAGAAUAGAAAGUGACCAGCACAAGACAGAACACGAGAGUUCCUAUAAAUACUGCGAUUAUGAGCUGGAAAACCUCAUUUUCUGGUUGUGUUACCUCUUUCUGGAAAUGGCCCGUACUAAGCAGACAGCUCGCAAAUCUACUGGUGGCAAGGCGCCGCGCAAGCAGCUGGCCACUAAGGCUGCCCGCAAGAGUGCGCCAGCCACCGGUGGCGUGAAGAAGCCUCACCGAUACAGGCCGGGCACCGUGGCGCUGCGCGAGAUCCGGCGCUACCAGAAGUCCACCGAGCUGCUUAUCCGUAAGCUGCCGUUCCAGCGGCUGGUGCGUGAGAUCGCUCAGGAUUUCAAAACUGAUCUACGCUUCCAGAGCUCGGCCGUGAUGGCGCUGCAGGAGGCGUGCGAGGCCUACCUGGUGGGGCUCUUUGAGGACACCAACCUGUGUGCCAUCCACGCCAAGCGUGUCACCAUUAUGCCCAAGGAUAUCCAACUAGCCCGCCGUAUCCGUGGUGAGAGAGCUUAAGCUAU